AUGGCUGCGGAUCCAGCUGAUAUUGUUCUGUCAUCUUGCUGGGAUAGCGGGAAACCGGCCGGCAGCUCUGCUGGAACUCUGCUACCGACAUCUUCAGUUAACCCUCAUUCGCAAUCCCUUGGAGGCACUCCACGACUGACCACUGAAUUCACUGCUGAAUUUACCAAGGGGUGCCUUGGAAUGAAAGACCAGAACACAUUUCGACUUCGGGAGAUCAUCUUUGAUCCCACACUCAUUCUUAGCCCUCAUGCUUUCCUUCUUGGUAUGCUAUUUCACAUCAAGGCCUUUAAAUAUUUGCUAAUUACUGGUGCUGAGACACUCUAUGACCUGGGAGUUCUUGAGGGCCUAAAUCAUCAGAAGGUGCCUCUCCGGAACAACCUCGAUGACAAGUUUGUUUUUGGUCAAGCAGUACGCGAAGCCGAUGCUGUCCAUCUGUUCCAUGAAUUAAAGCUCAGCUCCUCAUCAGUGAGGUACAGGAUGAAAAAGGAUGGAGCGAUUACUGGGUUUGAGGUUAUUACAAAGCCAUACGGGUAUACAGCCAAAGGCACUUACAAUUCACUCCAAAACUUGGUCCUUCAGCACUCCAGUAUAGAUACCGUUCUCAAGCACUAUCUGGACCGCGAUAUCACCGUGGAUGUCCUCAGCAUCUACCGUGGUCUUGAACCCCAGUGGGAACUAAUGCGACUAGCUUCUUCGAUGAGCCCCAAGAAACUGAUUUGCUGCUGCCCGCAAGCAUUUGGACCUCAAGUUGGAACCUCAAGUUGGAACCUCAAGUUGGGCGUGAGCUGUGCUCCAACAAAGCGAAAGGAAGAACCCGCUGAAUGCGCCAUGGGUAGCCUCUCCGUUGAUGAUUACCAACUAUUGAUCCCAUCCUUCCGGCUCAGCAUUCAGCCUUUUCUUUCAAGUUACCGUUCAAUCCACUCGCAGAACAGCGGGACAAUGGUAGUACCACCUGACUUUGGCUGGUCGGCUGGUGGUAUCAUUCAAGAUAUAAGAAUUACCACCAAAAUUAUUCAAGCGUUCAGCUCAGCAAACGGUACCGUUGCUUAG